AUGAACUCGAAGACUAACCUUCCUCCAUCGUCCACAGUGUCGACACUUACAACAACAAUAUCGCAGGACUCUUCCUCCAGCUCGCUCAGUCGAAUCAACAAAAAGAGAUCUAUUGACUAUGAGCCCAAUCCCUUUGAGCAGUCCUUUGCUCAGACAAAAAUCUCCGAUGAUACAUCUUCCUCAAAAAACCCUUCGGCUUCUUUCAACAGUCUGUCGAACCCAAACAACUUAGGUCAUAAUAGCAAUACCAACAUCAAUAGCAAUAACAACAGCAGUAAUUUCAAUAGUAAUAUUGCUAGCAGUGCUAGUAGCAGUAGUAGUAGUGGAAGUAACAACCUAUCUAUCACUGCUAAAAAACCCAAUAUUCCUUCGUCCGCUGGUAUUUUUACUCCUGGUGGAUCAAGAACGUUACCACCUUUGAUACCAACUUCUCCAAAUUCAAAUUCUCUUCAUGCUCCAAACUUCUUUACUCCAGGUUCUUGGAAUUUUUUCAACUCGAAUAACCCUAACAACCCCAAUAGUGCCAAUAACAAUAACAACGCCAGUAAUAACAACACCAGUAAUAACAACAACAACAAUAACAAUAACAAUAACAAUAACACCAAUAAUUCUAUAAAUAAUACAAACAAAAACAACAUGUCAAUGUCCCCCGGUUUCAAUUUGAAUCUAAAUGCAACAAUGUCCAGCUCUAAUCUCUUUUUUAGAACUAAAAGUUCCAGUGCUUUGACUCCCAAUGAAAGUGGCAUAAGAUCUGGCUUAACACCAGGCUUAUCAUCAAGUAACUUACUCAACAUUCCAGGUUUCAAUACCCCAAGCAUAUUAACUCCAGGUCUUUCUUCUAUUUUUGGCAUACCCUCAUCAAAUAUAAAUGACAAUAGCACCACUACUGCUACUAAUAAUAACAAUACUAAUCCCAAUAAUAAUUCUAAUAAUAGCUCAAACAAUACCUUGAAUACUAUUCAUGAAUCUGCAAUUCUUGAAAAUGACGGUAUCAUUAAUACGGAGUUUGAUAACAAUAAUAAUAAUAAUAAUAAUAAUAUCAAACCAAACAACGACACCAACGACAAUAUUCUCAAUAAUAAUGAUUCCGAUAACAAUAAAAACACAAAGUCUGAUAUUAACAGCAGUUUUAUUGAUCCUCCAUCCAUCUCAACUCAAAAUACAGACUCAACUCUAGAACUCAGCUCUGCCUCCAAUCAUAAUUUCUCUUCAAAUGACACAAAUCUUAUUGAAAACAACAACAUAAAAAAUUCAAUCAAUAAUAACCAAAAUGAUAAAAGCAAUGAUAUUGGUAAUAUUGCUAUUAAAAGAUCUCAGUCGGAUUUAAAUAAUGACGAUAUAGAACUAACUCAAAUCACUAAUUCUCCUAAAAAGAGAAAAUUAUCUAUUUCAAACCCAUCAUAUACUCCUUCUUUUGAUUCACCAAAUUUGAAAAGGGAAUUCAAAUCUUUAAUCUCUUUGGACAAUAAUAAUAAUAACAAUAACAAUAACAAUAAUAACGAUAGCAAUAGCAAUAGCAAUAGCAAUAACAAUAAUAAUAAUAGUAAUAGUAAUAAUAAUAAUAUCCCUGAUAAAAUGCAAAAAUCAAAUACUCAAAAAGUUCCAUCUACUCCUCAAAAUAAUUCCUUUUCUUCUCGAGAUAUUUCAAUUUCUAAAACUAAUAGUAACAAAAAUCACAAUACUGAAAUCAACCUUGAUAACAACUCUCCAACUCAAAGCUCAAAUAUAAAGAAUUCAAAAUUUUCAAGUUCAAAUUCAAAUUCAAACUCAAGUGCAAGUUCUACUUCAAGUUCAAAUUCUAAUUCAAACUCACAUUCACGCUCUAAUUCUAAUUUGAACUCAAAUUCUUCAAAUGGCUCCAACUCUUCAAAUAAAAAAAAGAAAAAGGAUUCAAACCUAACCGAAGAAGAAAAACGUAAAAAUUUCCUUGAAAGAAAUAGAGUAGCUGCUUCAAAAUGUAGACAAAGAAAAAAACAAAUGAUGAUUCAAUUACAAAAUGAUUUAACUUUCUAUCGAGAUAAUUACACAAAUCUUAAAAAUGAAAACGAUCAACUAAAGGAACAAUUAUUAAGUUUAAAAAACUUCUUUUACAAUAAUAAAGACUCAGAGCCUUUUAUUAACGCUAUUGGGGGCUACGAAACUUUUAUCCAACUAGUUAAUCUUGUUGAUUUUAACCCCUUAAAUCAAAACAUGAUGAAUGCAAAUCAAAUGCCUUCUGUGCAAAAAAUGCUGCCUCAAUUAAUGAGAAAUUUACAGUCAAAUAAUCAAAGAUUACCUUUCCUAAUUCCUGCUAGCCUUCCUUCCCUACAAAACCCUGCUGCGGUUGCUCUACAGGCCUUGGGUCCUGUUCAAGCUGUUCCUAAUGUUCAGAAUGUCCAGAAUGUUCAAAAUUUAAUGCAACAACAGCAAGAUCCUUCUCAAUUAUUAAACAACCAAUAG